AUGGACGAUAAAGUGGUUUCUAAUCCUAAAUAUCCUUAUGAAGAUUUAAAGCGUCCAACUUUGAAAGAGAAAACUGAUGAAGUUGUCCAUGAAGUGCCAAAAUUUAGUGCUUCGUAUAUUAGAUCGUUAUUUCCUAUUGUUACAUGGAUAGGCAGAUAUAAUUUAACCUGGCUUCUUGGUGAUAUAGUAGCAGGCACUACUGUUGGAGCGAUAGCUAUACCGCAAACAAUGGCCGUAGCUACCAAACUUGCAAACUUGCCACCUGAAUAUGGCUUGUAUUCAGCGUUCGUUGGGGUAACAAUAUAUUGUCUGUUUGCUACAUCAAGAGAUGUAACAAUUGGUCCAACCGCAGUAAUGUCAUUGUUGAUUGGACAAGCGACAGCAAAAAUAAUGGAAUCUAGUGGGAGAACUGGUGUUGACUUUGCAGUUGAAUUGGCAACGGGUUUUGGUUUACUUUCUGGAAUAAUCAUCCUUAUACUUGGUUUAUUCCGGUUUGGAUUUGUUGUGCAUCUUAUACCUACACCCGUUAUCACGGGGUUUACCACAGGAUCUGUUAUAACCAUUGCUCUUGGGCAGGUAGCAAAAUUAAUGGGAAUAACAGGA